CCCCUGUGUCCCCAGCCCCGAUACCCCUUCGUCCUCCUCGAGCUCUCGUGCAGAAACAAACAGAGAGUGGGAGAGCUCGUGAAGAACGGGAUCGAGAGCCGCCGUGGGAGAGGCCCGAGCGGGAGGAGAAGAUGCGGACGACAAGCUUCCCGUCGUCAAACUCCUCGACGGCGGCUGGUUCUACUGCCGUAGAGAUCGAUGGGAUGGGGAUUGUGGAGCUCGUCUCGGAGUACCAUCACCCAGACGAAUCAUUUUCCGGCUUGGAGCCUAGAUCUAAGCACCGUUGCCCUGGACAUGGCCUAGUUCCUGCUCGUCGGGUGGCUUGGGGAGGGGCUAGCACGGGCCGACGAUUUUUGGGUUGCCCUCUUGAUUUGCCAGAUGAGUGCAAGUGGGUGGUUUGGGUUGACCCUCCUCCUCCACUGUGUGUGGCCCUUGCAUUUGAAGAUCUACAUGCAGAGAUUGAACGCAGCUGGAUCAAGUCUCACAAAUUGCAGAGGGAAAAUACGGAGCUAUCAAAGAAGAACCGUGCUUUGAACAAGAAACUGAAGGAGAGAGAUGAGAUGCUCAAUGUUUGGGCAGUGUUGUUUAGUGGAAUUGUUGUAUGUGUUGUAGUUGUGGCUUUAUCAGUGUUAUCACAGAAUCAAGCCACUAAGUGAAGCAAGUAUGUUUAUUGUUGUUGUAGUGCAGGAUAUGGAUGAACUUUGUA